GAUCUUUUCCCACUGUUACAUCUUCGACUUGGUGUCCCCAAUUACGCGAAAGCAAGAAAUGAUCAAUCCUCUACAAUAACCGAAACGCCGCCAUCGGUUCAAUUUCGAUCCUGACGUGAUCCAGUUCCUAAUAGCGACCCCGCAAUCUUGGGGUACUGAUAGGGGUCUGUUUUGUAUCUACGGACAGUGACUUAUCUAUCGACCUUCGAUCCUUGCUACCAUGCUGCAUGGGAUUUGACAGUGAUCUAGAGACCUGGGGAAAGACGUUGAUGUGCGCUGGAACUGCUCCGACUGUGGAAGGAGGAUGAUAGCGACCGGUGGUCAGUAGUUGCCGAGAACGAACUGGUAUGAAUCCGAUUGCGGUAAACUGGUCCGUGCUAUAGGAACGCGUUUCUCUCCCUACAACCUGCACCGUAUUCGAGAUUUCCAUCGAGAGUUUACAUAAACGAUUGCCGACAAGGCCGACGUUACCCUUGCAGACCAUUUUCGACAAAAAUCCUCCGUUGCGCACCCCUUCAUUGACAUAGGGUUGUCGUUCUACCAUCAUGGUCACAGAUUUCUCGGAUGCCGUUGUCGAGCAAAGAGUUUUUGUCGUUCCCGACUUCACCAUCAAAGACCUGCUCAGUGUCAUCCCACCGCAUUGUAACAAGCGAUCAGCUCUCAGGUCUUCGCUCUACAUCUUGAUGGAUGUGGUACUCAUUGGUGCUAUCCACAAAACCGCAACCUUUGCAGAUGCAUAUGUCACCCCUACAGCCGUUUCUUUUCUCCAUCCUCCCUUGUACCCUCUCGCUCGGUUCGCCAUAUGGUCUUUGUAUGGUUUUGGUGCAGGCCUUUUCGCGACUGGUCUAUGGGUUAUCGCGCAUGAAUGUGGACAUCAAGCAUUCUCCGACUCAAAGUUCAUCAAUAACGCAGUUGGAUGGAUUCUUCACUCCGCCUUGGGAGUUCCUUACCAUUCCUGGAGAAUUACGCAUGCUAAACAUCACGCCUCAACCGGUCAUAUGACUCAAGACCAGGUCUUUGUGCCCCCCACCCGUUCUGAACUUGGUCUUAAGCCUCAGGAUACCACCAAAGAGGAUCGGCUAGGCGCAAGAGUAUCGGAAGAAGUGAAAAAGGAACUCUGGGAGGCAUUGGGUGACUCCACUAUCGGUGCGACUCUUGGAGCUGCCAGGUACUUGCUUGCAGGAUGGCCGGCCUACUUGUUGAGAAAUGCCUCUGGGCAAAAAAGGUACCCUAAAGGAACGAACCAUUUUAAUCCUGAGUCCCCCAUGUUCAAUUCCAAACAGUAUUCGGAAAUCAUCCUGUCGGAUAUAGGAGUCUUCCUCUGGCUUGCAGGCAUCAUUGGAUGGAUCUGCUACAAAGGAUUUGCCGAAGUUUUUGUCCUCUACGGCAUGCCAUAUCUCUGGGUCAACCAUUGGCUUGUUUUGAUUACAUUCCUUCAGCACACCGACCCUCUCCUCCCUCGCUACCGUGCUUCGGAAUUCACCUUCCCCCGUGGUGCCCUUACCACGCUCGAUCGCAAUUUGAUGGGAGAUCUCGGAAGUUUCAUGGGCUGGCUCGGAGCUGUUGCCACUCAUGGUAUCUCAGAGACCCAUAUCCUUCAUCAUGUCUCUAGCCGUAUUCCACACUAUCAUGCUUGGGAAGCCAGUGCAGCCCUGAAAAAGAAGCUGACUGAUGCUGGCAUGUGCUGUGAAGGCCGCCCAGGUGGAUGGGCCGAAAUCUACCGUGUUUACAAAGAAUGCAAGUUCGUCGAAGAUGAAGGUGACGUCGUUUUCUUCAAGAACGCGUAUGGUCUCGCCCAGAUGCGGCCAGUGUUCAAUACGGAGUAUCCCAGCGACUCUGGAAUCGAAAUCAAUAAGAAGUGUAGACUUGACUCGUACUAG